AUGUACUGUUUUUUUCUCCUGUCCUCAGGUCACAGCGGCGUUAACCAGCUCGGUGGCGUUUUUGUGAACGGCAGACCCCUGCCCGAUUCUACACGGCAGAAGAUCGUAGAGCUGGCUCACAGCGGAGCAAGACCGUGCGAUAUCUCCAGGAUCCUUCAGGUCUCCAACGGCUGCGUGAGUAAGAUUUUGGGGAGGUAUUACGAGACUGGAUCCAUCAGGCCCAGAGCCAUCGGGGGCAGCAAACCCAGGGUGGCCACCCCAGAAGUGGUUAGCAAAAUAGCCCAGUAUAAGCGAGAGUGCCCCUCCAUCUUUGCCUGGGAGAUCCGGGACAGGUUGCUGUCUGAAGGCGUCUGUACCAACGACAACAUCCCUAGUGUAUCGUCGAUAAACCGAGUGCUGCGCAACCUGGCUAGCGAGAAGCAACAGAUGGGCGCAGAUGGCAUGUAUGACAAGCUGAGGAUGCUGAACGGACAGACGGGCACCUGGGGGACCCGGCCAGGGUGGUACCCGGGCACGUCGGUGCCAGGACAGCCGGCGCAGGAUGGCUGUCCGCAGCAAGAAGGUGGGGGAGAAAACACAAACUCCAUCAGUUCUAAUGGGGAAGAUUCAGAUGAGGCACAAAUGAGGCUCCAGUUAAAAAGGAAACUGCAAAGAAACAGAACAUCAUUCACCCAAGAACAAAUAGAAGCACUAGAAAAAGAAUUCGAGCGAACCCAUUAUCCUGAUGUGUUUGCCAGAGAAAGAUUAGCUGCCAAAAUAGACUUGCCAGAAGCUAGAAUACAGGUAUGGUUUUCUAAUCGGCGAGCAAAAUGGAGAAGAGAAGAAAAGUUGCGGAAUCAGAGGAGGCAAGCCAGCAACACACCCAGUCACAUCCCUAUUAGCAGUAGUUUCAGCACUAGUGUCUAUCAACCUAUUCCACAACCCACCACUCCAGUGUCCUCAUUCACAUCAAGUUCUAUGUUGGGGAGAACAGACACAGCACUUACAAACACAUACAGUGCGUUGCCACCAAUGCCUAGUUUUACCAUGGCAAAUAACCUGCCUAUGCAACCCAGCCAGACUUCCUCCUACUCAUGCAUGUUGCCCACAAGUCCAUCUGUGAAUGGGCGGAGCUAUGAUACAUACACACCUCCCCACAUGCAGACACACAUGAACAGCCAGCCAAUGGGCACCUCUGGUACAACCUCUACAGGUCUCAUUUCCCCUGGAGUGUCAGUCCCAGUACAAGUACCCGGGAAUGAACCUGACAUGUCUCAGUACUGGCCAAGAUUACAGUAAAAACCGUGUUAAUUUAACCAAUGACUUUAUGGAGAACAGUUGGAUGUUCAGCAGUAUUUUAUAA